AUGUAUGGGCUACCCAUGCCAAAAAGCGGCUGUCCAAGGGCAAAUGGAUUUCAAUGGCAAACAGGAUACAUCUACCAGGAUCUCGAGGACGAGGGUAAUGUUACUACUGUCUCACCGAACUCACAGCUCAAAGGCCGCGUCUCGGGUGAUGUCGAACGGUAUUUCUGCAUAAAGGACAACAUAUCAGCAACAGUCGAAAGAAAUCGACCCCGAUGGCCUGCGGGGGAGUAUUGCAUCUAUCAGAAAGGUUCUUAUUGUCCAGAUGGACUGCAGAGUGGGUUUAUAUUAUGGGAUGACGAAGAUGGUGUUAGCGGAACAAACAAAAACGCCCAUGCCGGCGUUCUUCCAAAAGGAGUAUUUGAUAACGACACAAAGAUAUUCUUUUGCUGUAAGAACACCAGAAACGGACAUAAAGAGCCAAUAGAUCUUCCUUUAGUGUCUCCCUUUUACUUGAUGGCGUUUAGACCGCGUUGCCAAGAAGUUCUGUACGCUAUACAUAAGAUGGAAUACAUUGCAUUUGACACAGAAAAUGAUCAUAAUUUUGACCGGAAAUGGUUCCCAUAUCCAUACGGAGCCGACUUCUCCCCACCGACAAUACAUUACUGUUACUAUAGAGGUACCAGGCUCUCUUAUCAUCAAAUUGUGGUUUGUAACAACUAGUCAUGAUAAAAUACAUCUGAUAGCCUGGAGCGCUCACGCAGUAGCAACUGAGUCGAGAAAAGAAACUUCGAAUUACUCUUGCUACACCUGGGACAGGUUACAAAUUUUAGCACAUUUCGUAGCCUGUAUGGCAGUCUUUUCACUGUCCUUUACACAAAAAGCCAUAUGUUUAUGCUUGCUACCCACUUGGGUCAAGCUUCUCAUCCUAAAAAUUGUUCAAAGGAAACAAACGGAGUCAGAGAGGGACGGAUAUGCGUCCUUCCUGUCUGUUGUCAGCUCUCUUGUUGGAUUGAUUUUGAAGGCCAACAACUCAGUUUCCAUCCUACAAUGCCACUCAUAUUUCAUCUUCUGAAUAAGGCCUGGAUGUUCACGCUUGUGUGACAAUCGGUUUUCGACUUUCUUACCUAAUCUCCUUCCUCAUAAGCCUGCCUGUAACGAUCCGAAAGAAAAAAAAAAUUAACUUUUUUGUAGCUCGAACUAAUAGAUCAACUGAAGGACGUCAUCGACAUUAAAUGCUCGUAAUGACAGUAAAAGGCAAUUGUCUUGUAAACGACCCCUCUAAACCCAGACCUUACUUAGCAAGGUAAUGUUCGAUGGAUGUGGUCUUUCAAUCCAAGUGUAACAUCAUUUUCAAAAGGGAAAAAAGGCUUAAGACUUUCUAUAUGUUCAACACUUGUUAGGGACUCAAUACAAUAUUUCAACCCUCAACGUAGUAGACUUCACUAAGCUACACCCUUAAACUUCGAGGUAGAAUUAUUGGUCAAUAUUUAAACAUUUUUUCACAACUUAGUCUUCCUUUCAUUCGAACAGAGUGCACGCAGACAAUGACAGCACUGAAUGGCACAUUCCGCAGUCCAUACUAUCCACAAAACUAUAACAACAAGGCCUGGUGCAAGUGGCAUAUUGAGGUCCCUUGGAAUUACGCUAUUCUGAUCACUUUUGAUGACGUCAGUUUAGAGUCCGGUUGCUGUUGGUGUGACUAUGUCGACGUGUUGGAAACACUAAUGAACGGAACAACAGUGUUGAUUGGUUCAGUCUGUGACAUGACAACGCCUCAAUUAAAUUCCAGUGAAAACAACGUUACGGUUAUUUUUCGAUCAGAUUUUAGUCAGUCAGGCAAAGGAUUUCGUGCCAGGUACCAAGCUAUAAAGAUUAGGGGUAAGCCUCAAAAAACCUUAAACAUUUAGACAUCCGAUAACUUACAUAGCUACAUUUGACUCUCUCGAAAAAGAGUGAUGUUUUUGUAUGCUUAUAAUUUUCCAGGUCAUUUGCCUUUUGAUAAAGUGAUCGGAGACGGAUGUGCUUACGAAAGGCAAAAGUAUACAGUAGCCUUAACAUGAAACUGAGGUUUUGAUAUGAUUUCUAAGGCUUAACUUAAAAACCAUUAACGGAAAUACGUUUAAAAAAAAUUGAAAUGUGAGGGCGUAGCAUGGAGUGACCGCAAGGUUCAUAGAAGUCCCCUCUUUUUGAGGAAAAGGUUAUAAAUACCUCACACUAACCGAGUUGAUGGUUCACACUUAAGUUUUCUCCGCUGCGAUUUGCUCUUUGGCCACGAAAGUCAUAACUUUUUUGAAGUUACUUCGGGGGAGGGAAGGGGUAAAAUGAGAGACUUUGUCCACACAAACAGUUUUCUACUUUAACGAGCUGCUCAGUAGAGUACAGCUCGCAAAAUUGACCGAUAUAAGAGCACGUAAUAACUGUGAUGAUAGCUAUUAGUUUAAAGCGAAUAUGCAAUCUAAUCAGAAUGUCACAAUCUGAUUGGCUACGCUACCCGCUAUCUAUUGCGUAAUAGAGAGUAAGUAGAGUGACUAGCCUAACAGCAAGCGGUUGCAAACAUAAUAACAAAAAUAUGCGCUUGGGUUGUUGUUACGUUUUGAAUAACUAGACGAUUUUACUUUAAAAAAUACUUCAACAUUCACUCUCGAUUUUUAUGCUGAAUAGUUCAGUGAUUCGGGCUUUGCCCACAUGACCACUAUAACGCGAUAGAAAUCUCACUAUCAAAUACAGCGUAGUUUAACCAAUUAGUGGAAGAGAAGCUGACAUGCCCUCAAAUAGCAAUAAGCUGGGCUACGGAUCCUAUUCUAGAAUAUUCUGUAUAUGCCACAAACAUAAAAAUAUGCUACUUUUCUUAACACAGCAGCCAAAACAACUACUAGCACAACCCUUGCCUCAACUCAGACAAACAUGGUCAAAGACAAAGUAACCACAACGUCAUCAAGCGAAGAGAUCACUCAAGAGAUAUCUUCUACAAGAGAGAGCAAACUCAGUUCUCAAGAAAAAACAGAUCCCACCUCCAUGACGAGAGGAGAAGGUUUGUCUGACACCUUGGACGAUGGAAGAGAGUCUGAGUCAAACACCUCCCUAAUUGCUGGAUUAAUUGCAGCUUUGGUAGUAAUUUGUGCGAUAUUCGCAAUAGCUUUGUUUUGUUUUCACAGAAAGCGGUAAGUUCAACCUUUUGUUAUCGAUAUUAUAUCCUUAGCCCUUUACCUCCCAUGAGUGACCAAGAAUUUCUCCUUACAAUAAAAAUACAAUAUCAAGCAUAGAAGUGAGGAGAAUAAAGAAAAAUAUCAAUUUGGAGAUUAUUAGUUGAUCCAAUAUCAAAUUGUUAUCAUGAGAAUUGUUAAGCAGACAGUAAAGAUAAUUACAGUUUUUUCAUUUAAAAUCAUGAAGUGCUAAUGUGAAGUUUUGCCACCUUCGCAAGCGUACAUAGCAAGUCGUAUAGGAAUCUCUCAUAAUUUACUUUUCUGAUCUCACUUUGAACUCAACUAUCGAUUGUGAACGGCACCUUUAGAGUAAGCUAGAUGUACGGAAAAUCUUUACAAAAGUUUGCACACCGUUAGUGAAGCAAACUAUAUGUUUCAUCCAGUUUUUUUUUUUCUUUUUUUGGAUUUUCAAAUUUACUGCAGGCGUAGUAGGGAAAAUCAAAACAACCGGAACACACCUGCAGUGAGCUUUCAACCGGACGUGAAAGCAGUCUCCAUUUACGCCACCCCAACGGAUGUGUGUAACACGAGGUAAAACCUGUGAAAGUUUGUGGCCAGGGUUACAAUUCGACAUUUCUUUAUCACUGAUGGUCGUGUCGCUUCUACUUCACUACCUGCAUCUGCCGUAAAUCCUAAAAUUGUCGCGCCCGGUGAGCUUUUUUCAAAGUCAGGUUGAGAGGGAGCGACGGGGCUUGUAACGUGUGUGUAUAUGAAGAAUCUUAUCAAACACAUACUUGCAUGUUUUUCUGCUUUCAGUUCUGGCUGUGAUGAAGAAGAAAAUGAUAAUCGUUACACAUAUGUCGACCCACCUGGAAUGUAUAAUAACAGGUUAAACUAGUUUGCCAAUUUUAUUGAUCAAAUCCAAACACUCAAAUUGUACGCUUUUCCACAAAAUGUGAUUCGAAAUUGCCUUCUUUCAGCAAUGAAACAGUGAAGGAAAGCGACAACCCAUUGUACGAAAGGUGAGUUCGCAUUUUAUCUCUUCACGAAGCUCAGUUCACCUUCAGUAUUUUACUUUAAUAAGUCAAGACUGUCUGAUCUUAAGGAUCGAUGUGUGGCACAGGCAUGCAUGUUUAGCAAUAUUUCCGGCCACAUAGAGGGAGUGGUCAAUUCAAAUUAAGCUACAAUCUUGACCAAACAUUAUCAAGACAACCUCUUAAAAACACACGGAGAAAAUCCAUACUUUAAACCCGCUGAUGUACACAUUACAUAAAUCAGUAAUGUUUGUGUUUUAAAAGUGAUAAGCCAUUAAUGUUGACAGCGGUGGUGGUGAUCAGAGGUAUGAGUUAAUAUCCAGUGGGGAAGGUUGAAAGAACUUCGAAACAAAAAACAUAAUAUAUGCGUUCUUUCACAGAAGUUUCCUGCAACCAAUUUUCCAAGGAGUAAUAAACUGAGUUAUAUGAAUCGAUCUUUAAGGCAAUCCAAUGGAAGCGUUCUCGAAAUACAGAAACAAUAAGAAAUAUUUUGGUCGCUGAUUUUAAAAAUAAGGAGCAUUCUAGUGUCAAAAAGUAAUUCCCAUCAUUUUCACCACAUCUCAGUUACGCAUUAGGUAAAACUAUCAAUCGUUAUUCUUUGAAAUUUUGAAUGAACUCAGAGAAGUAGGAAGAUCUUUUGGUUUUCUUUUUCAAUUUUAAUAUUAAAUUAUUCGUUUAUUGAAAUUUGUCUUGUCUUUAAUCAACAAUGAAAGUAUGGCCACCUCUGCAAGAAAUCCCGUCAAACAAAGUGAAAAUCCUCUCUACAUAGGCGGGUUAGCCAAUGAGUAUUCAUACUUUAUAUUUUUUGAAAGACAAGAUCAGUUGGUUUGUUUGUUUGUUGUUUUUAUUUUCAGUAAUUUAUAACUGUUUUUUGUUCUCUCAGUGCUGAAAGCGUGAAGACAGCUGAUGCAGGAAUGUAUGAAAGGUAGGGAAGUAUUCCUCUCUACCUAACACCAGCCCUGGAACAGAAAACUGCCCCCUAAAUCAACCGAUCCCAGCAUGCGCCGUUACUGAGAGACAAAAUCUGAGAGAAACGAUUAAGAGGCCUGAUCGGAAACAGGAGUUCACUACAGACAGCAUAUUCCCGAUUUUCCACUUAAAAAAUACACAUUCAUCAAAAGUGAACUACGCAUUAAAAAGCAAAACUACCAAAUGAUUACAUCAAAUGAAACGUACAUAAAUUAAAUAACAUUAUACCAAGAUCGUUCUUCUUGUGACAGUCUUUCAUUGAGUAAACCAUAACUGCAUUCAAAGGUCAUGGUUCCUAUCAACUGCCCCCUCCCCUCCCCCCACCCUCUAUGGCUUCAAAUACUUUUUUUUUUUACUGUUGUUCUCAAACUUUUUUCAGUUUGGAUCAGCCUGACCCAAAUCGUGAUGAGGGCAUCUACAGUUCACUGUACGAGAGGUAUCUAUCAUAGAUUUAAGUUAAGUGUUUGCCAAUAUCCCAACCUACCAUAAAUCCUCUGGUAAAUCACGGACCAAUUGCAAUGAGUGUCCCCAUUUAUGAACGUCAUCCAGGCACAUGGCGGCAAAUUAUAACAAAUAAUUUAAAAUAUUAGAAUUUACGAAGUUCUAAGGUACUUGGUAAAAUUUCUGGUUUGCUAUGAAGACGAAAAGUCAACCUUAACGCUUUCCUUUGGCGAUUUGUAAGGAUUCAUAAAUACUUCGGAAUACUGAGCACCGAAAAAAAAUCCUGCCAUUUGCCCAAAACUGCAUUGCUUUAAUCUGUUUUCUUUCAUUUAUUGAAUAAACUACACAGUGAAAGUUUCAAAUAAGAUUAAAAUGUUAUUCUCAUUCUUUUGCAUUUUAGGAUGCCUUUAACUUGAAAAAGUUUCAAGGAGCCUGUUACAAGGAAUGACAUCUCUUACUACUAUAUGUAACUUUUUGUUAUGUUAAUCUCUACAAUCAAAGACAAGAAGAUUUGCAGUACAACUGCUAAUUAUUCAUUAAUUUAAGAGAAGCAAUUUGUUUCACAGAAACAUGUAAUCAGCCCCUAAACAAAUAGAGGCAUGUGUCGUUGUAUAAUCGCCUUUGCAGCCGCAUUUUGGUCUCGUCACACAAUGCCCUCUUUCCCGCGUUGCGUGACAAGAUCAAACAAUGCCUCGCAAGGACACUGAUCAUCUUUUCGAUCUCGCUCGACUCUCUGAUUGGAUGUCCAGUCUCAGUAAUUGUCCUGAUGUAGUAUCCACGCUGUUUGCGUAAAGGAAAAGGAAAUAAUCAAUCACGUUGUUGGACCGUUCAUAGAGAUAAUUUAACUCUUACUGUCGUUGAUCAGUAUUUUAUACUGUCAAGUGCCGCCCUCGAAAAACAAAGUUUAUUAUUAUUAUUAUUAUUAUUAUUAUUAUUAUUAUUAUUAUUACGACUGAAACCCAUGCCACGAAUUUGCCAAACGUAACAUACAGCAAGGAAUGUCCGCGCUCUUUAAUCUCAUUUUCUGUUCUGUGGUUUUAUAAUAACAUGGACUCGUAGACUCUUUAUCUUAAGGAGCAAUAGCUGGCGUGGAACAUUUUGGCAGGUAUAAAAUUGGUAACAAUUGAGGAAAACAAAUACGAAAGUAUUUACCUUUUGACAAAAUCAGCUCCGAUAAUAUCAUAGACAUGGUAUCUUAUUCCAAGCUUGGAAUGAGAAUCAAAUUUACGGGUGAGAAGAUCCUGUUUAAGACCAAACGCAAAACAGAGUAAACCCAAGGACAUACAAACACAUGUAAGCUAUAUACCUGCAUAUCGUUUUGGACUGACUUAAAAGUCCAAAGGAUGAGUCAAUUCCACGCUUUCACUAAUCAAGUUAUGGUGAUUAAAAAGAUAUUUACGAUAGAAAAACCCAAAAGCAAAACAAGGUGAAUGAACCCAAGGACAUGCAUAUACAAGUACGCUAUAACUGUACAUCAUUUCGGACUGCCUUGAGUCCAAUGGGUGAGUUAAAGGCAAAGGAAGUUUCUAAGCCGUUCCUGACCUAACAAAGUUGUGAUGAUUUUAAAAACAUUAUAACAGACAAACCCAACAAUUAAGAAAACCAAUAAUAUUUCUUUGAAUUUAGCGCAAUGGCCUAGCAAAACAAAUGUACUUGGGCACAACAAAAUUUGAUGUCAACGUAUGAUCUCAAAGGUUCAUUGAAAAUAUUGAAAAUAAUAGUCAUGUAUUAAUGAUUUAAUAUGCUUCAUCCCUUAACUAUAUUUUUGAGAGUUUGUUUGUUUGUUUUCAUCUGCAUUUUUUCUGGUAUGGUUAUUAUUCUGUUAGCCUAUUCUUAUAAAGGUCUGUCUUUGUAAGUAUGCAUGCAUAUUCUAGGAAAACCCAAUUCAUCACAAAUAAAAUAGUAGUUAAGAAUACAAUCACAUUGUUUUUUUACUCAUUUCUGCUUUUAAUUAUGAGCAAAACUCCCAGGAUUAGUCUACUAAGCAUUUCACUGCACCCUUGCAGCAGUACAAUGAUUACAUGACUAUUUUGUUGUGAUAAAUUUCCGCAUGCUGUGCUCUGAGGGGUGAAAACGCUUUGUGUUCAAGGGUAAAAAAGGACUGUAAGCUACAUGUAUGGUAAGCUGAACUUUUGAUUGUUUCUGCAGUUACUAUCUUUCAAGUUUUCCCCUUAACCCUUUAAACCCUAGGAGUGAUCAGUAUCUAAUUUCUCCUCACAGGAAUACUGCUAUAAACCAUUCAUUAGGAUCAUGAGAAUAAAGGAAAUGAUCGCCAACCUAAGAAGCUUUGAUCUACAAAUGAAUUCUCCUUGUCAGAACCAAAAGAAAAAUAUGGAGAAGAGUUUGGAGAAUAUGGAUACUGAUGUUAGGGUCUAAAGGGUUAAUGUCUUUUAAGCUCUGGCUGCUUUCUGCAUGCUAAUUGCAGCUUUGCAACGGAAAAGAGCACAGUCAAGGCCUUUUCAUGAUUUUACUUUCUUUUUAACAAAUAGUUAAAAUACUAUUAUAGUUUUGGAGAAAAUUACAUAAGGAAAGGAGAAAAUUGAUCAAGCAUUUUAACAUACCUUCUCAAGAAUCUCCCGAUAUUUCCUCUUUUUGAACAUUUGAAUAAGAGCUUUUCUUCCUUAAAAGAAAAUCAACAUUUGUUACAACAUUAAAUUUAACAGUUUUAUGGCAAGUCUUGAGUUACAUCCAUGUAAAUAAAUAUCAGUGAUGACAAUAGUACCAAUAAGAGUAAUGUCCAUAAUAGUAAUGUAAAUAAAAACAAUAAGAAGUAAAGUAAUAAAACUAAUGCACAGGUAGAGUUGACCUAUUUUUUUUCCUACACAAAAAUUUGUUUAUUGAGAAAAUUACUGUCAAGUAACCAGAAGCUAAUAAAAUUCUGGCAAGUUCUGUUGUACAUGUUCCUCAUGUGAGGCCUUUAACCUUAUAACUCUUAUUAGUGAACAAGACAGAAUUUCUCUUCACAAUAUCAACUCGAUAUCAAGCAGAAAAAUGAUGAAAAUAAAUAAAAAUAUCAAUUAGGGGAGUACUAGUUGAUCUAAUACCAAAUUCUCCAAACUAACAUCAUAGGGAUUUUAUGGCAACCAUUAAGGAGAAUUAUUAAUGAGAUCUAGACACCAAAAGCAUAUUCAAGAAUAGCUCGUGGAGAUACUGUGACACUUAAAUGGGGUGAGUAAUGCAAAUAACACACAUCUCCCAUAGUAAUUCACUUUCAUAAAUUAAAAUAGAAAACAUUUUCCCUUUACCAUUAGAGAAGUUUUUCAUAAAGAUUCCUGCACCAGGGAUGGAUAGCCACCAACUUCCCACAUCUCUGGUUGUAAGGAUACCAAUGUUGACCAGUUGCCUAUAAAUCACACCAAAAUGCACAUGAAAUAAUACAAACUUCACAAAUAAAGCAUGGGCUGUGCCGUACGAACCCCAUGUUGUGACUCAAGUCCCAGAAUUUUCUUCCCAUAUUUAGUAUUCUGUUUCAACUACACUUGUGUUCAGAGGAAACCUCUGGAUGUAUCGCGCGGACAGAGGAGGGCAAUAAAACUGAGCGUUUUUCAUAAAAAAAAGCCUGUGUUGGCUGAGAAGCUUUAAGACAAUUCUAGCUAUUUUUGUAAUUAUUUACAGAGGUGGAUUACUUUCUCCACUUUUCGUAAAACGCUAAUUCGACAAUUUGUUUCCUAGCAAUUAGAGAUUAACCAUUGUUGUGCAAUGUAUGAAACCUGACAUGCUGUAUCAAGCGGACGCUAGCAAGCUUAAAAGUUCCGAAGGUGUCCAUUUAGUUCGUGUUUCACUGUGAAAUUUUCAAAAGCCACAAAACUCCAAGCGAGAGUUAAACAAAUUGAUCACUGUACUCAUUUCCUUACUUUUUAAUGAUUUUUGUGUUUUGAUUGAAGUAUGCAGAAUAAGAACCUUUUUACAUUGGAAAGCUGUGGCCGAGAUGAUACAAAAUGUUAAAAAAAAAUUAAGAACAUAUUUCGGGCCAAGAGUCAGCAUCGAACGUAUUCAAUUUGCUUUUUUUUUUUUUUAAUGUUCAUUGUUUUUUCUGUGCUUGUGUUUUUUCUGCUUUAUUUUCCAAUGUUUUGUGUAGUUUCUUUGGGAUGAGUAGCAAGACUACAUGUAAAUAUAUGUGAAAGUGUAAUGUAACCAGCUAACAGGAACAACAAUCCAUAUUUACGUGAUUUAUUGUUUCGUAUUUCGUAUGUUGUUUUUGUUUGUUUGUUUGUUUGUUUGUUUUAAACUUUGACAAUUUGGUAUUCUUAUUGUGUGAUAGAUCGUGGAUCAUCUAAUUUUGAAGUUGUACAAUUCAACUUUGUUUUUAGAACUUUAGAUAUCCGCUCACAUCUGUAUUGAUUUAUGUUAACAUUAUCAUUGGGAAAUUACAAAAAAAUUAAGAACAGCCAGUUUCAGUUACAAAACAGGACACGUUUGUAAAUUCGAUUGCAAUUUCAUGCUAUAACAUUUCUGUAAUUUACGUAAGGGCCUAAUUGGGCCUUAAUCUGUAAGGGCCUAAUUGGGCCUAAAUCUGUAAGGGCCUAAUUCUAGAAGAUCUUUGAUCAGCUUGUUUUAGCACUGCAUGCUUCAUGUUUUGUUGCAAGGUUGUCAGGAUAACAACAUGCUUUGUUCGUAUUGGGCAUCAAUCGGUGAAUGUAAAAAGAACCCAAACUACAUGGUAUACAGUUGCCGCAAGAGUUGUAACGCUUGCAAAGGUAGGCAUAGUUAGUUACGACACAUUGUGGUAAAUACGUACUCUUAGAUCUAACCUACAACCUUGAAAGGUAUGAUCAAAUUUUAAUGAAGAGACACAGAAAUAGACUCUAUGCAUGUUUAGGCGUCGGAACCCAGUUUCUGACGAAUGUACCACCAAGACACUGACAAGACUAGAAUGCUCACACAAAAGCAACUAAAAAGUGCGGCAAAGAUAAAUGAAACGCGUGUUAACCGUCGUGUUUCCGCAACGGUUUCACAUAUUUCAUCCAAGUUUCCGUUUAAGAAUUCUUGAUAUUUUGUCCUGUGGUUUCCAUCGCACACUUAAGUACUGUAAUUUCUAUACUCACAAUGGUUCUACUUUGUACCUUUUUUUAACACCUCAGUUUACUGAUAGCAACUUUUUAUAUAUAUCUCAUAAAUACUUUAUCCACGAGUUGGCCAAAGGCGCCCUUUGAUUUUUAUCUUCAUAUGCUUACAGAGUUCCUUUAUAUACUAGAUCUGUUCUUUUGAUUUUGGUCCUAUUGCUUUUAACAUAAUAGCUCCCCCACCCCCUUAAUUCAGCGCCCUCCUUGAAGCGUCCCUCCUCUACGCCGAAAUUUCAAACUCGCGACCAGGCGCUUAUUCAGAAAUACGGUGUACGGAUAACUGAUGAUAUUUUCUCAUUUCAGCUUUUGGCAAUUCCGUCAAAUGGCCGUCGGGAAAAUACGGUCUACCUAUGACUAAAUCUGGUUGUCCUGGGGCUGACGGUUUCUCUUGGGAGACCGGAUAUAUCUAUCAAGAUUUGGAGGAUGACAAAAGCCUUACGGCGAAAUCUCCAAACUUUCACCUUAAUGCUUCAGUACUGAGUUCGGGAGAUGUUACUCAAAGCUUCUGCUUCAAGACAAUUACGACCGGUGCUGUUGAUAACGGUCGAUUUGGUUGGACUUACGGUCAAUACUGCGUUUAUAAAAAAGGCUCUUCAUGUCCAGGCUAUCUACGAGAAGGAAGCGUCUUGUGGGAUGAUGAAAACGGGAAACAUGGAAUAAAUUUGAAUUUCAAAUCUGGUACUGUCCCUGCUGGAACGUACAAAUCAGAUACUGAGAUAAGGUUUUGUUGUCAAGAUGUUGGAUCGUACAGCGAACCUAUCGAGCUGCCAAUAGACAAGCCUUUCUAUCUGAUAGCUUUUAACAGUAGGAACUGCCAAGAAGUUUUGAAAACAACACAUACGUUGGAGUAUAUACUGUAUGACACAGAGAAUGAUCACAAUCAUAACCGCGCGGUCUAUUCUUAUCCUUUUGGUGCGGAUCUUCAAAAUCCCUACAUUUAUUAUUGCUAUUACCAAGGUAAGCGAUGGUUUUCUGGGUUAUUUUUGCUUAAGGAAAUCUAGACAGACUGUAUGUAAAAUUACAAAACUUGUAGACUACUUGGGACUGAGACAUUGAAUCCCUUUCUAAUGGCCAGUUCCAUGACCUAAUGAUGAUUUGUGCCCAACUAACUUAUGAGGCCGAGGAAGUGAGUUUAAAGAGCUUGGGUUCGCACCUAGUUCUACUGGGUUGUGAUAAGCUUGCUGCAUGGUGCUUAACCAUAGAACUGGGUGUAGUGGAAAAUUCGAGUACAAAAAACUAAAUGGAAUAUUUAACAAUCUUCAUUCCCAACCUUCUUGGCAAGCCACCAAAGUUAGAAGAAGAGAAAAACUUCCUGAAAGCUUUGAUCAGAUUAAACUUUUAAUGCUGUUUCCCCAAUCACGGGAGGAAAAAACGGGUUCAAAAACGAUUUUUUUAUGGGCGUUGUGCAUAGUAUCUAUACUACCGUGACUCUGAAGAUAAAGGACCUCGCAUGGUGGCAUCAAAGUUCCUCUGCCCAUUCAUGGGUACAUAACUGUGCCGUGAAACUUCCACGAAAAAUUGGCAAAUUGUUAGAAGUAGCCUGUUAUGUUCUACAUUUCGUACGGGGGAGUAGCUUUAAUAAUCCUUGAUGUUUCAUGUUAUGAAAAGCGGGAAAACUUCUGGUAGUGUUACAGUUAUGUGACUUGAGGAAAUGGUUGUCGGUCAAAGAACGUCUCACAAGCUGGUUCGAUUCAUUUCCACGUAUUUUCUUUGCAGCGUGUAGACGGACCUUAACAGCAUUGAAUGGUUCCUUCUCAAGUCCAAACUAUCCAUCUCCAUAUAAGGAAAAGGCCUGGUGUGAGUGGCAUAUCAAUGUCCCCUGGAACUACAUAAUUUCAUUGACAUUUGUUGACUUCCGUUUGGAAACGAGUGAUAUGUGUCUCUUUCAAAGCUGUGAUUGCGACUAUGUAGAGAUACACGACAACUUUCCAAAUGGAACGUCUGAACUAACAGGGAAAUACUGUAUGGGUGUGGCGUAUCCGCCUGGGGAUAUCCGGUCAAAAACCAAUAACGUUACAGUUACAUUUACCUCAGAUGGUACUGUCCAAGACGUGGGUUUUAAGGCUGAAUAUCAUGCUCUCCAGCUCACAAGUAAGAAUAGUAGAUUGCUCUUUAUUAUAAAAGCUGUCAGCAAGGCUCUCCCCAAAUGGUCGAUGUUAUGAUAGUGAUCUGGGCAUUUGAAUUAGUUUGCUUGUUACAGAAUUAAGAUUUGAUCUUGUAUUAGUAAGUGUCUUGUUUCUGUAAUGUUUUAGAUUCGCCUAUUUAAGAAUAUAGCAAUUGACAAAGGCCAUCAAUCACACACACGCAAACUUACGUUAAUUCUGUAUUUCGUUUUUCCUCAACAAAGUACCAACAAGUACGGGGAGAACAACGGAUACCACGCAGAAAGCGACGUCAACCGACAUCACUUCUGUCAGUCCUACCACAGUUCCGAUUACUGGAGCAAAUUCCAGAGGCACAACAAGUGGAAAUGAUAAGUCUCCUACUGACGGAAAUACAGCAACACUUACUUCUUUAAGCAACAACAGCAAAAUUACAACUGGUACAACAAUCACACCAGCUAAAGAAUCCUCUACAGAACAAUCAACCCUAACAACGCGCUCAAGUAGGCAUUCAACAUCGCAAAAAGCAUCCUCAGUUCAUACCAAUCCAAACGGAUCGUUUACCUCCCCAUUUACGAACAUACCUGUGACAACACUACCAAUCAUAACUGAGGUGCCUCCAAGAACAAGGCCGCGUGAAACCACCCAGAGAACUUCAACCUCAAGGGUAACGAGUGGAGAACUCUUUCCACUAACCGAAUCAAGGAGUAAGGGGGAACCGAGAAACUCGAAUGGAGAAACCGAACAGAAGGCUGAAUACAAAAAUUCAAGAGCAUCGGGGAAAGUUCCCAUCAUUAUUGCUUUGAUAGCUUCGUUGGCUGCUUUAGCUGUGGUGGUAACAGUAGCACUUGUUUGUCUCCGUAGAAACUGGUAUGGAUAAUCGAUGACCUAUCGCAAAUUAGUCGAUAACUGAUCGCACAGUGACCAUGACUUCUCAUUACAAUGAAAGAAGUUAAGCGUAACGAUCAGAGUUCAAGGCAUAAUCAUUUGGGGUCAGUUCUGACGCUAAUGUUUCAACGGCAGUUUUGAGACAUACCACGAUGUAAUACCUUCACAGAUUUCCUAUCUUUAUUAAAAGAAAAAUAGGUGUGGACUUCCAUGAAAUAUCUUAGGCCUUUGAGGGACAUCAAACCAGUUGAGAAUCUUAAUAAAUGGCAGAUCCCUUGACGAUGCAAUGUUUGACACUGCUUUUGGGUGCGACAAAAUUUAAGGGAAAUCGGAAAUUCACAGCCGAAACACCUGUAAGUCACUCUGAGACGACGAGGCCUCCUUGUAGAGCACUAAACCUCGCCGAGAUUGAUUGCAAUUGACUAUGAAUCGCAGUCAAUACACUUCGCUGCCUUACAAAUCAGGCGAUGUCCUACGAAGAAGGUGGGCACUUGAGAUGCCCUGUAGUAUUGGCGAGCCCUAACACAGCUGAAGUCAGCGUUUAAGCGAGUCGAUUCUCUUGUUUGCUUCCUAAUUCUCCUAACACUGAUGUGACAUUACGGUGUAAAUUUUCGUCAAAAAAUCGGCAGCAAGCACAGCUACUAAAAACCAGCCAAUCACUGCGGAGCAUAGUUAUUCUUAAGUGGACAGGUAACCAGUCGAUCUAAUUCUCUGCAGAAAACUGGCGGUGUACAGUCGUAACGUCGAGGAAGUAUGUACAAAAGAAAAUAAAAUCCUUGUAGAUCUGUAGGUAAUGUUUUCUGUUACCAGUUUCAGCAGAGAAAAUGAGAGAGGAGAACGCUUCACCAAGGAAACGUUGACAAAGAAGGAACAAUUUAAUAUUUUAUACGAUAACAGGUACGACUAUUUUUCUAAUAUUAAAAGUGUUUAAGAUACCUAAAGCAUACCCGAGAAUAGCGAUUCCUUGAGGUGAUGAGAAUUUUUUGUUUUGUCUUUUUCAAAACAGGGAUUUUAUGGAUUCCUAUGACCAGUUUGCGGAUGAUGACGAGAUCAAAGAGAGUGACAAUCCGCUCUAUUGCAGCAGGUCAGAAAUGCACUAGUACUGUCCCUAACCAUAAAAGAUCUUUAAUUUGGUAACAUCAUAGAUAGUUUUAAUGGACCAAAUAGCUUAAUUUUUGCCACGUAUUAGUCCAGCUUCAUGUGUUUGUCAACGAUGACGUCCCAGUGUGCCUCAUCAUAGAUAGUUUUGAUGGAGCAAACAGUUUAUUUUUGCCAUGUGUUAGUCCAGCUUUAUGUAUUUGUCAAAGAUGAUGUUUCUGUAAAGUAUGAACAAAAAGAGGCUAUUAUGAAAAAAAUAGGCUCGAGGUGAAUCGUAAAUGUGACAGAACCCCAAAGCAAUCCUCCAAAGAAAUCUUGAAGGAUGAAGUACACAUUAACCAUACUUAUAAAAAUUAUGAAAUCAGUGAGAAUCACCGGAAACGCUUUUUUGCGGUGCGUUUGUUCACUAUUAAACGAUACAUGAAGCCAAAACGGAAAAACAGGUAUUUAAUGUGAACACUUGCCUAUCAAUACCGUGGCACGGGCUCGAUUCCUGUACUUAGCAUUACUAGUGGGUUACGUUGCCUUUGGUUCUCGCCCUUAAACCCACGGUGUUUCUGUAGGCUUACUGCUUUUCUGCCUUCCACAAACUGAGUCAACUAUCCUAAUUCUAAAGAAUUAGGAUAGUGACAAAGAAGAGCUAUUUUGUAAAUGCGCGCGGCUUAAUUUGAUUUAUUUUAAUGCUUUAUCAAAAGUGUAGUAUAUAUAAGAGUCGAGCUAGUGUGCCGCUGACCAAAUACUCUGUGAUCUGCAAAUAGUAAAAUAGAGCCAUACUCACGUUUCCAAUUCUCUUAUCACCUUCAGCAUCGAAACUGGACAAGACGAAAAAGAGAACAUUUUGUACGAAAGGUAAAUACCUUAAACAAUUAUCACAGCUGUUCUGUUCUUCUAGUUAGUUUUUUGGCGUGGCAUGACUUGAGUGAUUAUCUCGUUCCAGCAUGGAUGAUGUUUUACAAAGUGUAGAAGAGGCUGAAUGCAUCAAUCCGGUGUAUGAAGGGUCAGUGUUCCAUUAUCAGUUCUAAACGUAGCCUUGGUUUUGCUGCCAUGCAUGAUUGGGGAGGAAGUUGCGUUGUAAGAGAAUACUUGGAUACAUAUGCAUCCUACUAGAACCUCAGUUAAUGAUAUAACAUAAUAUUGAUCUAUAAAAAUGUUUCUUCUUUACAUCGAGAACAAACUUAUCGCACUUGUUUCAAGCUGGGUUUCGCUACCUUAUACGGGCAAAGAUUUGUCACGAUCAUACUCAUACAAGACAUUGUAUAAUCUCUUGCUCUUUAUAGACCUUACGCAACGAUUCAACCAUGCAGUAGUAACAUCAUUCAUUUCAUUGGUUUAAACAGGAGAUCAUACCUUAUUGGUCCGAGGUUGAAAUAAAAAGUCAUUCAAGAGUAAAUUUCAUCAUGUGAAAUUAUUUCAAUAAAUACAUUUUUUGAUGUUAAUAAGUUAAACAAAAGCGCAAUUAAAGGGAAGGAAAGAGUAAUUAAUAACAUUUUUAAACUGCCAUUUUUUCUCUCGAUUUCAGGAUGGUCUAAUAUAUGUGUGACGACUGUGGACUGAAAGUAUACUUCGUUGAUUUUCAAUUUUUAGGCUUUCCGCAAGAUAAUAGACGCGUUGAUUGAACUUAAAUUUGCAAGUGCAAAACAGCCAUGGUGUGGUCAGACAAUACUUUUUCAAGACUUCAUAAUCAGACAUGUUUCAAUAAUGUCCAUUUAGAUAAAUCGACGUUGCUUAUUGGAAACGUCUUACUUACAAACAAAGAAUCUGAUCCUGAGUGGAAGGCACUUGAAGCUUGUGAGCUAAAUCUCAUAGCAACUAUACCUAGCCCUAAAUCAUAACCAAGCAAGCAAUGAACGGCUAUGUCAAGGCUAAUAGUUGGGUGUCAUUAUUAAGUAUGCCACAAAGCCAAACGUUGAAAGCAAGGCAAAUUCUAAUCGGUUUUUUAUUCCCUCGUAAAGGAAUCUCUUCAGUCACAAAUAAGUUGCAAUUCAUACUUUCACCUUUAAAUAAGGUAACAAGGAAGGAAUCGACCACUCCGUCGUCAACUACAGGAUAACAGUUAAUCGCCGAUGAAACUGAUCUUCUAGUAAAGAAAAUUAUAAGACUUGCAAUACACCCUUUUUUCGGUCAAAAUGGCAACAGCUGUUGAUGUUUUUAUCAGCCUUGCGUUAAGAGAGGCAACGGGCUGUACUUUGUCUGGAGAAGGGAGAUAGAAACGCCACCGUUUUGCUUCAAGGCACUAGAUUAUUCUGAUCACCUAAGUCUUUACCGCAAUUCCUACAUGAGUGAUGUUUUCAUAUACAACUGAAGGUGGACCAGCUAAAGAAAGUGUUCCUUUAAGAACAUGGAGAAAAAAAAAUCGGCAGUAACGAAUAAAGCACUAAAGAGAAAAGAAUCUUUGUCUGAAAACUUCCGAAGAGGAAAAAUUAAAUUUUAAUUAACCGAGGUGAGGUGUUUCUUCGCCCUCCGGGCCGAUUUCAUAUCAUCACCACGCGAAAAUGACACAAAUUACUCUACUGAAUAUGUUUAACAUUUCAACACUCCCAUAGAGUUUUUAGCUUGUGAUACGACUCCCUGCUAUCUGGAAAAACAUAGCGAACAAUACAUAUUACGGUGAUAGCCAGAUAGUGGUCAUGCUACCAAAGGGGAAAACAUUUUCAAAUUCAAGUUUCUGCACGUUUGGCCCAAAUAUGACAACCAGUUUUAUUAUAAAUUCUCCUGUAUUCAAUUUCAAAGUUCAUCCCCAUAUCGAAUUGAUUUGAGUUAACAUGUGUCAAACCUAAUUCUUAAAUCCAUUUAUAUAUCCCACUUACUUGGUAAAAUCUACCUAAACUCGUCCUCUUAUCGAUAGUUCUUUAUUCAAAUUUCACACUGAUCUAAUUUGAUUAACAAACUGCACGCAGCUCGUCUUUGAAAUCAGCUUUGGCAUUGUUCAGAAUUGAGACAUGACGGUUCUCGCGACAUCGAAAUAUGUAAUUUCGCAUUUUGUAAUAGUUUGAUUUCGUCGAAAACACAAGAUCAAGUUCCCAAAUUCAAUUAAAUUAACGAGGAUAAAAUUGUCACAUUCCUGUCAUUUAAACACAAUGCGGAAAUUGUCAGAAGAUUUAAUAGUUUGCUUUGACGCGUGAUAAGAAUACUCGAAACAAGUCAUAAAAAAUAGAAAAUAAAAUUUAAACUCUGUUCUUCCAUUGAAUAUCGAUUUUCCAUCAAGCCGCAAGGCAAUCGAUUAAAAUUUGAUCAGCCCUGUUAAAGGACAGAACGUCAGUGAGGCCGGGACAUUUAAGGACGUGAUCAUUGUGAAGUACUCAAGCUAAUUUCCUGUUUACUUUGCUUAUGUAAUAACAAGGUCACGCAUGAAUCGUAUGACUGUGACCAACCUCGAUCGCGAAGAGAAGAAGCUGUCAUCGAUCGAUAGGGUCAGCUCGAGUGAAUAAAAUUGCAGUUACCUUCAAGCCUGGGUAAAUAGAUUUUAACCAACGAGGAACCGAUGGGAAAAAAACACAAAACAUGGUUCGCACUUUGUUGAUUUCACGACUUUUACACGUUCUUCCCAGAACGGUAGGAUUUCUGUGUCUCAGCUGUCUUGCUUUAGAAGGUAUGUGCUCAAACUUAUUCUCUUUCGUGUUUGACGCGGACGGUGUCAACAACACUGAUUUAUGUGUUUUUGUAUCUAGGGUCUGAAUUUUGGAUACAGAAUUGAAAAAUGUAUUAACUACGAAUUUUGACACGGUAAACUUUGAAAGGCCCGGCAUAUAUCACCGAGCUACGGUAAAAUAAUUUUCAGGCCAUUUAUCGAAAUUGAAAGCGGCUUAUGCGUAGAUGUUUCAGUAAAAAUCUAAGAAUCACUUCUCCCGAGUUUAAGAUUUUAUCAUUAUAGAGACAGUGCUUCCUAUAGCCGCCCUUAAUCGCAAAAUUCGAUGAGAGGAAUUGAAAAAAUAAUGUGACAUUCCUCACAAGAUGAAUGUUUUCUUCCUUCACAAAUUAACUUGGGCAAUGAAACCCAGCGGGUAGUACCGUGCUGAAAAAAGCACAGACGCAUUAAUUUCUGAUUAUGCAAAUUUCAGCCACCUAACUAAUCAAUAUUUGUCUCGCAAGAAUGGCCUCCGUCUAAAUGCUCUCAGUUGUAUCAUAAAACAGGGCGACGUGAUUGUCGUAAAGAGCGUAAUUUUCACAUUCGUCGAGCUUCUCCACCAUCGAGCACAAUGUUCAAAGUUCUUCAUACCUUUACAACAACAACAACAAAAAAAAUUCAAGUAUCCCCUGCAAGAGUUUGCCACAAUUCCCUUCGAGACAGUGAAAAUAAAUCCGCAGGGGUUUUCAACUAUUUAUGUAAGUUCGGGAUAGGUUGAACAGAAAUCGACUCGCAAUUUUAGCUCUGAAAUAAGCUAAACCUUUAUCUUAAUUCUCCACAGUUUGCUGUACCGCAUUAUAGCCGUCAGGAAUGUAUGGACUACCCAUGCCAAAAAGUGGCUGCCCAGGGGCAAAUGGAUUUCAAUGGCAAACAGGAUACAUCUACCAGGAUCUCGAGGACGAGGAUAGUGUUACUUCUGUCUCUCCGAAUACUCAGCUCAAAGGCCGGGUCUCGGGUGAUGUCGAUAUGUAUUUCUGCAUAAAGGACAACAUAUCAGCAACAGUCGAAAGAAAUCGAUCCCGAUGGCCUGCGGGGGAGUACUGCAUCUAUCAGAAAGGCUCUGAUUGUCCAGAUGGACUGCAGAGUGGGUUUAUAUUAUGGGAUGACGAAAACGGUGCUGGCGGAAUAAACAAAAACGCCCAUGCCGGCGUUCUUCCAAGAGGAGUAUUUGAUAACGACACAAAGAUAUUCUUUUGCUGUAAGACCACCAAUAACGGAUAUAAAGAGCCAAUAGAUCUUCCUUUUGCGUCUCCCUUUUACUUGAUGGCGUUUAGACGGCGUUGCCAAGAAGUUCUGUACACCAUACAUAAGAUGGAAUACAUUACAUAUGACACAGAAGAUGAUCAUAAUAUAGACAAGAAAUCGUUCCCAUAUCCCUAUGGAGCUGACUUCUACGUGCCGAAAAUACGUUACUGUUACUAUAGAGGUAACAGGCUCUCUUAUCAUCAAGUUGUGGUUUGUAGCAACUAGUAAUGAUAAAAAAACAUCUGAUAGGCUGGAGCGCUCACGCAGAACCAAGUCGAGAAAUGAAGCUUCAAAUUAUGCUUGCUACACCUGCGACAGGUUACGAAUUUUUGCAAAUGUCGUAGUCUGUAUGGCAGUCUUUUCCCUGUCCUUUACACAAAACAGGAAAAUGGAGUAAUGCAAAGGCGUGGGGCGAGAUCCAUAUGUAUACGCUUGCUACCCACUUGGGUCAAGCUUCUCAUGCUAAAAAUUGCUGAAAGGAAACAAACGGAGUCAGAGAGGGACGGAUAUGCGUCCCUCCUGUCUGUUGUCAGCUCUCUUGUUGGAUUGAUUUUGAAGGCCAACCACUCAGUUUCCAUCCUACAAUGCCACUAAUAUUUCAUCUUCGGAAUAAGGCCUGGAUGUUCACGCUUGUGUGACCCGAUCGGUUUUCGACUUUCUUACCUUAUCUCCUUCCUCCAUAAGCCUGCCUGUAACGAUCCGAAAGAAAAAAAAUUAGUUUUUUUUUUAGCUCGAAUAGAUCAACUGAAGGCCGUCAUCGACACGAAAUGCUCGUAAUGACAGUAAAAGGCAGUUGUCUUGUAAACGAAUCCUCCAAACCCGAACCUCACUUAAUAAGGCAAUGUUCGAUGGAUGUGGUCUAUCAAUCUAAGUGUACCGUAAUUUUCAAAAGGGAAAACGGCUUAAGACUUUCUAUAUGUUAAAACGCUAACGUUAGGGACUCAAUACAAUAUUUUAACCCUUCAACGUAGUAGACUUCACUGGGCGACACCCUUAAACAUCGGGGUAGAAUUAUUGGUCAAUGUUUACAUAUUUUUUCACAACUUAGUUUUCCUUACAUUCGAACAGAGUGCACACAGACAAUGACAGCACUGAAUGGCACAUUCCACAGUCCAUACUAUCCAAAAAACUAUAACAACAAGGCCUGGUGCAAGUGGCAUAUUGAAGUCCCUUGGAAUUACGUUAUUCUGAUCACUUUUGAUGACGUCACAUUACCAGCAAUCCGAGACAUUUUACUCCCGCGGUCCGCGAGGUCAGUAGUUUCUUCAGGUUCUACUGUUCAUGCGCUAUGGCGUCAGAUUUCAUGUAAACAUGGAGCGAAGUAGAUUUCCGCGGAGGAAUCGAGUUGAUUAUAAAGCACUAAAUGUUCUUUCUACAGUGGAUUUAGAAGUUCAUUUGAAAGGAAGGAGAAAAUUUAAAAGCGGAUCUAAAGUUUAUUUUGUGGAGAGACUUAUCAGCCGGCGAAGAUUGAAGAACGAGGUAUGUGUAUUGACCCUUUUAUGUUCCUGCAGCUAUAUUUUACUUCGGAUGAAAUUUAUACUACAAUCGAAGUAAGUUCAUAAACAGCUCUAUCUCGCUAUUCGAGAUUCUUGAACGCAUUGCUGUUUUAUAUAAGAAAGAGGAGAUUCAGUGACCUUAAGUUGAAAUUCUAGGAUUUCUUUUCGAAAUCGAGCAAAACAUCAGACAUUUUUGACGAUUCAGACUGGAAUGAGCUCACAGUGAUACAAGUUUUGUUUUUUAUAAUUGGCGCGAUUUGGCGCUUGUAGGAGUCUGCAGAUUGUUAAAACAGCGGUAAAAGCGUGGAAAUGCUAGGCUGCUAAGCUGAAGUAAAUAUGGCGACUUUUUUCACGAAGAAAACGAUGGAAAGUGGUCGUUCUUCGCGUCCUACAGGACAUUCGCGAGCUCAGGUAAAGGUUACGUCUAAUAGUGAAAAAGCCCUAUUUUCAAGAUUGAUUUGCGGCCUCCUAUUUUAUCAUGGAAGGCUUUAUUUAACGUAUUUGAAAGAUCGUAAACUGAAGAAAAUUUUGAGGGGUCGGCACCGAUGAAAGCAUGAAACACACGGACAGCUCAAAGCAUGGAAGUGAAGGUAAGUGAAGGUAUUUGGAUGAAACUAUAAAGGAAGUACAACCGAAGAUCUUUGUUAUUUUACCUCUAUUCCGCGGCUCGACGAAUAAACGAAACGGUGAAAAAACUUUCGCUUCGUAGUGCAGUUGCAUAUUAUUUAUCAACGAGAGGUCGGCACGUAGAAUUUAAUUUAUUUAAACUGCCAAAAAAUAAGAUUUUAUUUCAGAUCCCAUACAUUUCUUUGUAUCUUCGGGAAGCCAUUUUGAAAGUAAUCUUUGAUUGACGUACGGUAUUUGAGACGCAAUAUGACUCGCAUUGCUGGUAAUGGUUUAGAGUGGAUUUGCUGUUGGUGUGACUUUGUCAACGUGUGGGAAACAUCAAUGAACGGAACAACAACUUUGAUUGGUUCAGUCUGCGACAUGACAACGCCUCAAUUAAAUUCCACUGGUAACAAUGUUACAGUUAUUUUUCGAUCAGAUGAUACUCUGUCAGGCAAAGGAUUUCGUGCCAGGUACCAAGCUAUAAAGAUUGGGGGUAAGCCUAAAAAAACCUCAAACAUUUAGACAUCAGAUAACUUUCAUAGCUACAUUUGACUCUCUCGAAAAAGGGUGAUGUCUUUGUACGCUUUAAUUUUCCAGGUUAUUUGCCUUUUGAUAAAGCGAUUGGAGACGGAUGUGCUUACGAAAGGCAAAAGUAUACAGUAGCCUUAACAUGAAACUGAGGUUUUGAUAUGAUUUCUAAGGCUUAACUUAAAAACCAUUGACGAAAAUACGUUAAAAAGAAAUGGAAUUGUCAGUGCGUAGCAUGGAGUGACCUCAAGGUUCAUAGAAGUCCCGUCUUUUUGAGGAAAAGGUUAUAAAUACCUCACACUAACCGAGUUGAUGGUUCAUACUUAAGUUUUCUCCGCUGCGAUUUGCUCUUUGGCCACGAAAGUCAUAACUUUUUUGAAGUUACUUCGGGGAAGGGAAGGGGUAAAAUGAGAGAUUUUGUCCACAUAAACAGUUUUCUACUUUAACGAGCUGCUCAGUAGAGUACAGCUCGCAAAAUUGACCGAUAUAAGAACACGCAAUAACUGUGAUGAUAGCUAUUAGUUUAAAGCGAAUAUGCAAUCUAAUCAGAAUGUCACAAUCUGAUUGGCUACGCUACCCGCUAUCUAUUGCGUAAUAGAGAGUAAGUAGAGUGACUAGCAUAACAGCAAGCGGUUGCAAACAUAAUAACAAAAAUAUGCGCUUGGGUUGUUGUUACGUUUUAAAUAACUAGACGAUUUUACUUUAAAAAAUACUUCAACAUUCACUCUCGAUUUUUAUACUGAAUAGUUCAGUGAUUCGGGCUUUGCCCACAUGAACACUAUAACGUGAUAGAAAUCUUAUAAUCAAGUACAGCGUAGUUUAACCAAUUAGUGGAAGAUAAACUGACAUGCCCCCAAAUAGCAAUAAGCUGGGCUACGGAUCCUAUUCUAGAAUAUUCUGUAUAUGCCACAAACAUAAAAAUAUGCUACUUUUCUUAACACAGCAGCCAAAACAACUACUAGCACAACCCUUGCCUCAACUCAGACAAACAUGGUCAAAGAGAAAGUAAUCACAACGUCAUCAAGCGAAGAGACCACUCAAGAGAUAUCUUCUACAAGAGAGAGCAAAAUCAGCUCUCAAGAAAAAAAAGAUCCCACCUCCAUGACGAGAGGAGAAGGUUUGUCUGACACCUUGGACGAUGGAAGAGAGUCUGAGUCAAACACCUCCCUAAUUGCUGGAUUGACUGCAGCUUUGGUAGUAAUUUGUGCGAUACUCGCAAUAACUUUGUUUUGUUUUCACAAAAAGCGGUAAGUUCAACUUUUUGUUAUCAAUACUAUAUCCUUAACCCUUUACCUCCCAUGGGUGACUAAGAAAGAAUUUUUCCUUACAAUAUAAAUACAAUAUCAUGUGUAGAAGUGAUGAGAAUAAAGAAAAAUAUCAAUUAGGGGAUUAUAAGUUGAUCCAAUAUCAAAUUGUUAUCAUGAGAAUUGUUAAGCAGACAGUAAGGAUAAUCACAAUAAGAUCUUGGGAGGUAAAGGGUUUGUUUAAGCAAACAGUAAAAAUAAUUACGUUUUCUCAUUUAAAAUUAUGAAGUGCCAAUGUGGAGUUUUUCCAACUUCGCAAGCGUACAUAGCAAGUCGUAUAGGAAUCUCUCGUAAUUUACUAUUCUGAUCUCAUUUUGAACUCAACUAUCGAUUGUGAAUAGCACCUUUUGUGUGAGCUAGAUGUACGGAAUAUCUUUACAAAAGUUCGCACACAGUUAGUGAAUCAAACUAUUUGUUUCAUCCAGUUUUUCUGUUUUGGAUUUUCAAAUUUAUUGCAGACGUAGUAGGGAAAAUCAAAACAACCGGAACACACCUGCAGUGAGCUUUCGACUGGACGAGAAAGCAGUCGCCAUUUACGCCACCCCAACGGAUGUGUGUAAGACGAGGUAAAACCUGUGAAAGUUUGUGGCCAGGGUUACAAUUUGACAUUUCUUUGUCACUGAUGGUCGUGUUACUUCUACUUCACUACCUACAUCUACCGUAAAUCCUAAAAUUGUCGCGCCCGGUGAGCCUUUUUUCAAAGUCAGGUUGAGAGGGAGCAACGGGGCUUGUAACAUGUGUGUGUAUAUGAAGAAUAUUAUCAAAUACAUGUUUGUUUUUUUGUUUUCAGUUCUGGCUAUGAUGAUGAAGAAAAUGAUAAUCGUUACAUACGUGUCGACCCGCCUGGAAUGUAUCAUAACAGGUUAAUCUAUUUUGCCAAUUUUACUGAUCAAAUCCAACUCUCAAAUUGUACGCUUUUUCACAAAAUGUGAUUCCAAAUUGCUUUCUCUCAGCGAUGACACAGUGAAGGAAAGCGACAACCCAUUGUACGAAAGGUGAGUUUGUAUUUCAUCUCUUCAUGAAGCUCAGUUCACCUUCAGUAUUUUAUUUUAAUAAGUCAAAACUGUCUGUGGAUCUUAAGGAUCGCUGUGUGGCACAGGCAUGGUUAGCAAUAUUUCAGGCCACAAAGAGGAGUGGUCCAUCCAAAUUAAGCUACAAUCUUGACCAAACAUUAUCAAGACACCCUCCUAAAAACACACAGAGAAAGUCCAUACUUUAAAGUCACUGAUGUACACAUUACAUAACUCAGUAAUGUUCGCGAUUUAAAAGUGAUAAGCCAUCAAUGUUGACGACGGGGGUAGUAAUUAAAGAGGUUUAAAUUUAUAUCCAAAGGGGAAGGUUGAAAGAACUCCAAAACAAAAAACAUGAUAUUUGCGUGCUUUCACAGAAGUUUCCGCAACCAAUUUUCUAAGGAGUUAUAACCUGAGCUAUAUGAAUCCGUCUUUAGGGUAAUCGAAUCAAAGCGUUCUCGAAAUAUAGAAGUACUCAGAAAUAUUUUGGUCCCUGAUUUUAAAAAUAAGGAGCAUUCUAGUGUCGAAAAGUAAUUCCCAUCAUCAUCACCUUAACUACAUCUCAGUUACGCAUUAGGUCAAACUAUCAAUUAAUCACUAUUCUUUGAAAUUUUGAAUGAACUCAGAGAAGUAGGAAGAUCUUUGCCUGUAUCUAGUUUUGUUUUGUUUUUCAAUUUUAAUGUUAAAUUAUUCGUUUAUUGAAAUUUGUCUUGUCUUUAAUCAACAGUGAUAGUAUGGCUACCUCUGCAAGAAAUCCCGUCAGACAAAGUGAAAAUCCUCUCUACAUAGGCGGGUUAGCCAAUUAGUAUUCAUACUUUAUAUUUUUUGAACGACAAGAUUGGUUGGUUUGUUUAUUGUUCGGUAAUUUAUAACUGUUUUUUGUUCUCUCAGUGCUGAAAGCGGGAAGACAGCUGAUGCGGGAAUGUAUGAAAGGUAGGGAAGUAUUCCUCUCUACCUAACACCAGCCUUGGAACAGAACAGUGCCCCCUAAACCGACCAAUCCCAGCAUGCGUCGUUACUGAGAGACAAAAUCUGAGAAACACGAUCAAGAAGCCUGCUCUGAAACAGGAGUUCACUACAGAUAGCAUGUUCCUGAUUUUCCGCUUAAAAAAUACACAUUCAUCAAAAGUGAGCUACGCAUUAAAAAGCAAAACUACCAAAUGAUUUCAUCAAAUGAAACGUUCAUAAAUUAAAUAACAUUGUACCAAACUCGUUCUCCCUGCGACGGUCUUUAAUUGAGUAAACCGUAACUAGAUUCAAAAGCCAUGGUUCCUAACAACUGCCCCCUCCCCUCCCCCCACCCUCUAAGGCUUCAAAUACUUUUUUUUUUUAACUUUUGUUCUCUAACUUUUUUCAGUUUGGAUCAGCGUGACCCAAAUCGUGAUGAGGGCAUCUACAGUUCACUAUACGAGAGGUAUCUAUCAUAGAUUUAAGUUAAGUGCUUGCCAAUAUCCCACCCUACCAUAAAUCCUCUGGUAAAUCACGGACCAAUUGCAAUGAGUGUCCCCCUUUAUGAAUGUCAUCCAGGCACAUGGCAGCAAAUUAUCACAAAUAAUUUAAAAUAUUAGAAUUUACGAAGUUCUAAGGUACUUGGUAAAAUUUCUGGUUUGCUAUGAAGACGAAAAGUCAACCUUAACGCUUUCCUUUGGCGAUUUGUAAGGAUUCAUAAAUACUUCGGAAUACUGAGCACCGAAAAAAAAUUCUGCCAUUUGCCCAAAACUGCAUUGCUUUAAUCUGUUUUCUUUCAUUUAUUGAAUAAACUACACAGUGAAAGUUUCAAAUAAGAUUAAAAUGUUAUUCUCAUUCUUUUGCAUUUUAGGAUGCCUUUAACUUGAAAAAGUUUCAAGGAGCCUGUUACAAGGAAUGACAUCUCUUACUACUAUAUGUAGCUUUUUGUUAUGUUAAUCUCUACAAUCAAAGACAAGAAGAUUUGCAGUACAACUGCUAAUUAUUCAUUAAUUUAAGAGAAGCAAUUUGUUUCACAGAAACAUGUAAUCAGCCCCUAAACAAAUAGAGGCAUGUGUCGUUGUAUAAUCGCCUUUGCAGCCGC